AUGCAAUUCUCUCUAGUUAUGUCUUACUAUUGCCUGGCCUGUUUCCUCGUUAUGUUCGCUCUGGGCAGAGCCAUCAAAGCUCAUACUAGCAAACUGCCCCCAGAAGGUGUGGGAACUAUAAGGCUCCAAUCUGACCCGCUAUCUCUGCAUAUGGCGAAACUGUAUGAGAAAUACUCUCGGGAAGGGAGUCGGCUACAGGAUGGGAACACGGUGCGAAGCUUUCGGGCACAACCAGAUUCUCAAUUCGGCAGUCCUUUGUAUCGUUUUAAUCUCUCAUCUCUUCAGCAGACUGAAGAAGUCUUGGCAGCUACACUGCAUUUUGCCCCUGUGAAAGGUUCUCGGUCUUCUAGAGACUCAUACUGUAAGCGCUCUAAAAAAUCAUCUUGUCGACUUCUGUUGCCCACACAGCACCAAAAGAUUAGCUUGGUUUUUAAGAGUGUUAUUCAAAACAAAACCCUGGGCUCAGAAAAAUGGAACACGACAAACAUAUUUCACAAGAGGGCAGCCUGGCAUGUUAAAGAUAUCACUAAUAUCAUCAAAGAUGCUCAGCAUGAGCGAGACUUGUUCAUAUCAAUGGAGAUAAGCUUUGGAGAAAAAUUUGCUACUGUUUUUGAAAAUAAUCCCAGUGAAUUGCCAUAUAUUUUGGUCUUUGCAGAUGACCGGGCAAUUUCAGACCCAAACAGUAUAGCACUUACCCUACAGAGAUAUGACCCAUUCCAGCCAAAUGGGGGUAAUUCAAAGCAAGCACCUAAUACAUUCCCAGAGAGUAGAGUGAAAAGGGAUACAUCUGAUCUGGCCUCAUCUCAUGAUAAUGAACUCCCUGAUAUUAAGUACAUGCGCUACAGCAAGGAAGAUUUGUGGGAGAGCACAUAUAAGUCUCUAAAACACAAGUCACCUCGCAAAGAAAAGAAAAAGAAGGGUCAAGAAAAUGAAGAAACACUUCCAAAAUCUCCAGUUUUGCACUUUGAUGAAAGGACCAUGAAGAAAGCAAGGAGGAGACAGUGGGAUGAGCCAAGGGUAUGCUCUCGCAGGUAUUUAAAAGUGGACUUUGCUGACAUUGGAUGGAGUGAGUGGAUUAUUUCUCCCAAGUCUUUUGAUGCAUACUACUGCUCUGGGGCUUGUGAAUUCCCCAUGGCAAAGGUUGUACGUCCAUCUAAUCACGCCACUAUCCAAAGCAUUGUGAAGGCUGUGGGCAUCAUUCCAGGAGUCCCAGAGCCAUGUUGUACUCCUGAUAUGAUGAACUCACUAAGUGUCCUUUUUCUGGAUGAAGGUCGAAAUAUGGUGCUGAAAGUAUACCCCAACAUGUCAGUGGAGAGCUGUUCCUGCAGAUAA